GGGCGCCAGACAGGGAUAAGGGCAGAACAGAGGAGAUGUUGGUACCACCCAGCCCCUCCCCUCCCACUGAUACCUGCCCAUUUAGUCUCACCUUGUGCCCGUGUGGGUCUCUUACAGACAGUCGUUGGCAGUGACUGCAGACAGGACGCAGUAGGAGAGCAGCAAUAUUCCAUGCUCGAGGCAUAAGCGGACACCCCGGUGCAGUGAGAAGCCAGAGAAUGGAGAGUCAGACGCGGGCCCCUCACACUCUCCUACCCACAAGCUCGCGCUACCUCUGCCUGAUGCUCUUAGUCGCUGUCAGCGGUGCAGCUGCGGAGGAACAGUCCAGUUUGUCCGGCCCGGAUAACAUCAUAGUAACCAACCGUAGGAUCCGGGUGCCCUUGGGCAGAUCUGUGUUCGUAGACCCAGUGGAAGACUUGGUGAUCCAGGUGCAGCCCGGAGACAGCUGUGUCCUCACUGUUUUGGCCAAUGACCCCCUGUCCCAGAGACCCGGCUUCUUAACUCCCAAGCGAUUUCCGUGCGAUUUCGGCGCUGGGGAGGUGGAAUACACACACCUGGGCUCCCGCAGUCCUUCCUCGGACAAGGUGAGGCUGCAGCUCAAGUACGACUCCCCCACACACACGUGGAUCGUACCAUUCGUGCUUGAGGUGGAGCUGAUGUUCCAGCAACUGGAGAUAGUGACCCGCAACCUGCCGCUAGUGGUGGAUUCUCCGCGCGGGACCAGCCUCCCUGUGGAUAAGAAGGUGCUGGGCUUCUCCUAUGAUCCCAGCCGGGAGUCGUGUAAGAUCACUGCGCUGAUUGGCACAGGGGGGCUGCCCAGGUACGGACUACUUGUCAAUGGCACCGCGGCCCCCCAGCGCACUACUGACUGCGCCACUUUCAUCAACUCCGGCCUCCGCUACCAGCACACGGCUCCCCACAACUCCCCCAAUAGAGACCACGUGCCGCUGCUGGUGCAGCUGAGUGACGGGCCCGGGGCGGCCAGACAGGAGCACUUCCAGCUCACGGUUAUGAUUAAAGGGGCAGCGGAGAACACGGCGCCCCGGCCCAGCUUCGUGUCCAUGAUGAUGAUGGAGGUGGAUCAGUUCGUGCUCACGGCUCUCACUCCCGACAUGUUGGCGGCUGAGGACGCGGAGUCGGAACCGGCCGAGUUGAUCUUUAACGUGACGAGUUCUCUGGAUCCGGACACGUCGGGUUUUCUGAUCAGCACAGACGAUCGCAACUUGCCCGUGACUUCUUUCUACCAGCGGGACCUGAUGGAGCUGAGAAUCGCUUAUCAACCCCCGGCCAGUGAGUCGUGGCAGGAGCGGAUCAUCCAGCUGGAGAUGAAUGUCAUUGACACCGAGGGGGCAUCGUCCGAUCACUUCGCCUUUAUGAUUGUAGUAAAGCCCAUGAACUCGCUCGCACCACUGGCCACUCGCAACGCCGGACUCAGACUCCUGGAGGGUCAGUCUCGCCCCCUGUCCGGCCCCGGCCUCAACAACCUGCUUAUAAGCGACGAGGACAACCUGGAAGAGGUGAGGGUGAGUGUGGUGAAUGGGCUCCGACACGGGCAGCUGCUCCUCGGUCACACUCACAGCCACAAAGACUUCUCGUUCAGCGCAAACGAGCUGCACUCGGGACUGGUCAUUUAUCAACACGACGGCAGCGACACGUACAGCGACAAUAUCAUCCUGAGACUGGACGACGGCCAGCACCGCGUGGAACUGCUCUAUCCCAUCUCAGUGGCUCCUACUGACGAUGAACCGCCGGUUGUGAAUGCCAACACCGGCCUGAACUUACGCGAGAAGGGUCUGGCGCUCAUCUCCCCUUUCAUGCUCAGCGCCACCGACAUCGACUCGGAAGAUUCCACCAUACACUUUGUGCUGCAGGAGCCGCUCGGCCGACUGGGGGAGAUGGUGCUGAGACAAGCCGAUGAGCCCGCGGGAGAGGAAGGCUGGAAAUACCUGCCCAGGGAAGGCUUGUACGAGAGGCCGGUGAUCGAGUGGUACCAGAAGGAUAUUCUGGACGGGAACCUGCACUACAGACACGUGGGGGCGCAUAGUCCCACUUCACUUGUGCACCGGCUGCUGUUCGUGGUGCUGGAUGACCAUGACCCACCGAACCAGUCGGAGGAGCAGGUGUUUCUGGUUCGGAUUGAGCCAGUUGAUGACAUCCCUCCCGAGCUGUACCCUGGCACCACCCUACACAUGACUGUCAAGGAAUACGAGCUGACCCCCUUCAAGAAGAAGCACCUGCGCUACACAGAUCUGGACACAGAUGACCGAGAGCUCAAAUACACGUUGCACAGCGACCCCAGGGACACCGACCCCAACCACCCCACCCUCACUGGACACAUCGUGCUGAGCGACAGCCAGGAGGUCGAGGUGAGCCAAUUCACACAGGCCCAGAUUAACCAUCUGAAGAUCUCAUACAAGCCCCCAGAAAAAGAACUGGGGAUAGCUCCCAGGGAACUGCAGUUUAACUACACCGUGGAGGAUGCUGAGGGUAAUUCAGUGCAAGGGACAUUUACUAUAUUGUUACAGCCAGUAGACAACAAACCUCCUGUUAUUACAAAUACUGGUUUCACUGUCCCAGAGAGGGGCUCCUUCACUCUCACCAAAAAUGAAUUGGAUGCUACAGACCAAGACACAGACAACAGCAACAUUAUUUUUAGCUUGUCUCAAGCCUCUCAGCAUGGGGAGUUACAGUAUCAAGGGGUGCCCAUGUCCUUGGGAGAGUCCUUUGCCUUAAAUGACAUUUCACUGGGUUGGGUAUCAUAUGUUCAUAGUGGAGAGGAGACCACCAGCGACACCUGCUCCCUGGUAGUAAGUGAUGGAGUGCAUGAAGUUCCUAUCACAAUCCGGAUUAAAGUUAAACCAGUGGAUGACGAGGCGCCCACCUUGAUGCUUUCUUCAGGUCUGUUGGGGUCAUCCAUUGAAGUCUUGGAAGGAGGAGAGACUGAGAUUACCAGUAGUGUAGUUCAGGGCACAGACCCAGACACUGAUGACUUGAUGCUCACAUUCAUUGUGGAGGAGCCUCCCAGAAAAGGUGAUAUAUUAGUCAAUGGAGUUACCACCGAGAGGUUCUCUCAGCAAGAUCUUCUUAAUGGGGCUGUCACCUACAAACAUACAGAUGGAGAGUUAGGGCUUCAGAAGCAACAAGACUCCUUCAAUCUCACCCUCUCUGACCUCUCUGAUGAGUGGGUUGUGGGAGGAAACAAGGUGCAGGGAGUGAGGGUUCAAGUCACUAUCUUACCAGUGGACAGUGAAGCCCCAGUUGUGACAUUAAAAGAAAAGUUCUCUGUUUUGGAAGGUGAGAAAAAUGUCAUCACCUAUGACUACCUGGACGCAGAGGACAAGGACACCCAUAAAGAUGACAUCUUGUGCACUAUUAUUGUCCAGCCUAAUUCUGGCUAUGUAGAGAACAUUUCACCUGCCCCUGGUUCUGAGAAGUCUAGGGCUGGGAUUCCAGUCAGUGCAUUCACAUUAAGAGAUAUCCGACUGGGUCACAUUCACUAUGUUCAAAGCAUCCAUCAAGGUGUAGAACCUCAGGAAGAUAGAUUCACUUUCUACUGCUCUGAUGGCAUUAGCUCUUCCCAGCGCCUUUUCUUCCCCAUAGUGAUCAUCCCAACCAAUGAUGAGAAACCUGAAAUUUUCAUGAGAGAGUUUGUUGUCAUGGAAGGCAUGAGCCUGGUGAUUGACACCCCAAUCCUUAAUGCUGCCGAUGGAGACCAGCCACGAGAUGAGCUUACUUUUAUAAUAUCCAAGCCACCACUACACGGUAGGGUGGUCCAACAACAAGCAACAGGCACUGUCCCCAUUCUGAAUUUUACCUUAGAAGAAAUCAAAGAGAGCUCAAGCAUUGUGUAUGAACAUGAUGAUUCAGAAACUAAAGAGGACAGCUUUGACAUUAUUUUAACUGAUGGAGAACACAGUGUAGAAAAGAAAAUCCUUAUUAUGGUUAUUCCCAUGGAUGAUGAGACUCCAAGAAUGGCCAUCAAUGAUGGACUUGAAAUUGAUAUUGGAGAGUCAAAAGUUAUCACAAACAGGGUUUUAAAGGCUACAGAUUUAGAUUCUGAUGACAAGUCAUUGGCUUAUGUUAUUCGGUUUGGUCCCAGCCAAGGUUUUCUGCAGCGCUUGGACAAGUAUGGGUCAGUGGUUGGUAAUAUUACCUUGGGAAUGAAUUUUACUCAGGAUGACAUUGACAGAGGUUUAAUUCGUUAUACCCAUGCUGGUCAGGAAGGCAUACGGGACCUCUUUAAAUUUGAUAUAACAGACGGAACCAACCCAUUCAUAGACAGAUACUUUUAUAUUAGCAUUGGCAGCAUUGAUAUUGUUUUCCCAGAUGUCAUUAACAAAGGAGUCACACUCAAAGAAGGAGGAAAGGUGACUCUCACUACAGACCUUCUCAGUACAAGUGACAUUAACAGUCCAGAUGAAAACCUGCAGUUCAGUAUUACAAGGGCCCCAAGCCGCGGUCACUUGGAGAGCACUGAUGCCCCUGGUGUUCCCAUCACAUCUUUUACUCAGCUUCAACUUGCUGGGAAUAAGGUCUAUUACAUUCACACUGCAGAGGAUGAGAUGAAGAUAGACAGUUUUGAGUUUGAAGUGACAGAUGGUUAUAACCCAGUGUUCCGUACUUUUAGGAUCUCUAUUACUGAUGUAGAUAACAAAAAGCCAGUUUUAAUGAUAAAUGGACUAGUGGUCAAUGAAGGAGAAAAUAAACUUAUCACUCCCUUUGAGCUAAGUGUGGAAGACAGGGACACCCCAGACAAUUUGCUGCAAUUUACAAUCACUCAAGUACCUGUUCAUGGUCAGAUUGUAUUCAACAACAGCCACACAGUUACCACUUUCACCAAGCAAGACCUGAAUGAGAACCUCAUUAGUUACAAGCAUGAUGGCAGCGAGUCCAUAGAAGAUAGCUUUUCCUUCACAGUCACCGAUGGCACCCACGCAGCGUUUUUUGUACUCCCAGACAUAACCUUUGAGAGCAAGAAACCCCAGAUGAUGAAGAUCAAAAUACAUUCUUUGGACAAUGGUGUACCCCAAAUUAUUGUCAACAAAGGGGGUCAUACUCUUAGAAACAUGCAUUCUGCCCAACUUGGGUUCACCAUCACCAGCAAAUCCUUAAAGGCAGAAGAUCGAGACAGCCCUCACAAGAUGCUCAAAUACAGAAUCCUAGAUGGACCUAAACAUGGGUUUUUAGUCAAUAUGGACCAUGGCAAUGGCAGCAUCAGAACAUUUACACAGGGCGACAUUGAUGACAUGAAAAUCUGUUAUAUUCUGAAGGAUGGUGACAAUGCCACAGGAGAUAUUUUCCAUUUCUCAGUAGAGGAUACAGGGGGCAAUAAACUCAGGAGCCAGCUAUUCCGCCUGAACUGGGCUUGGAUUUCAUUGGAAAAAAGCCACUACAUUGUAGAUGAAGAUUCCAAGUUUCUGGAAGUGACACUGAAACGAAGAGGAUACCUUGGAGAGACAUCUUUUGUCAGCAUCACUACAAAAGAUGGCACAGCGACCAAGGAUAAAGACUUUAAAGGAAAAGCCCAGAAGCAGGUUCAGUUCAACCCCGGUCAGACUACAGCCGCAUGGAAAGUCAGAAUACUUGCAGAUAAUGAAUACGAGAAUUCAGAGACAUUUCAUAUUAUCUUAUCAGAACCUGUCAUGGCUGCCCUUGAGUUUCCAAUAGAAGCGACAGUUGAAAUUGUAGAUCCAGGUGAUGAGUCCACUGUUUACAUACCGCAAGCUGAAUACAAGAUUGAGGAAGAUAUUGGAGAACUGAUCAUCCCUAUUAAAAGAUCAGGGGAUGUGAGUCAAGAACUUAUGGUUGUUUGUUCAACACAUCAAGGUACAGCUACAGGCACCAUUCCCUCCUCUGUAUUGUCCUACUCUGAUUACAUCACACGGCCAGAUGGACACACGAGUAUUAUUCGCUUUGACAAAGAUGAGACGGAAAAAAACUGCCGCAUUAUUAUCAUUGAUGACUCCCUUUAUGAAGAAGACGAGACAUUUAAUGUCAGCCUCAGUAUGCCCAUGGGAGGACAGUUGGGAGAAUUUCCGAGUACUAAGGUGGUUAUCCUUGCUGAUACAGAUGAUGAGCCAGCCUUCUACUUUGCAGAUACAGAUUAUCAUGUUGAUGAGAGUGCUGGCUAUGUUGAAGUUCGUGUUUGGAGAACUGGGACGGAUCUGACCAAAGCAGCCACGGUCACUGUGCGUUCCAGGAAAAGCGAGCCCCUGUCUGCCGAAGCUGGAACAGACUAUGUGGGUAUUAGCAGAAACCUUGAUUUCGCCCCUGGUGUAACCAUGCAGAGCUUCCGAGUGGUAAUUCUUGAUGAUUUGGGGCAGCCGGCUCUGGAGGGACUUGAGAAAUUUGAACUGGUUCUUCAAAUGCCCAUGGGAGCGGUAUUGGGGGAGCCCAGCAAAACAACUGUGACCAUCAAUGAUACCAUCUCUGACUUACCCAAGGUUCAGUUUAAGGAGUCCACUUAUUAUGUUAACGAGAAAGAUGGGCACGUCUCUGCUCUUAUUUACCGCAGUGGUGAUGUCAGCCAUAAAUCCUCAGUGCGUUGCUUCACUCGCCAAGGUUCUGCACAAGUUACACUAGAUUAUAACGAAAGGCCAAAUACUGAUGAUUCUGCUGUUGUUUUCUUGCCUGGUGAAACUGAGAAGGCAUGUGUGGUAACUCUAGAAGAUGAUAAAUUAUAUGAAGAAGAAGAAGAGUUCCGACUGCUACUCGGAACACCAAAAAGUGACUCACCCUUUGGAGCUUUAGUUGGAGAGCAUAAAGAAGCACUCAUGAAGAUUAAAGAUUUGGAGGACAAACCAAUUAUCAGGUUUUCGGAAAUCAAGUACAGUAUCCAGGAACCCCAAGAAUCUGGAGAAAUAGUUGUUGUUAAAAUCCCUGUACUGCGAAUUGGAGACAACUCCAAGGUGUCCAUUGUUAGAAUUCACACCAAAGAUGGCUCAGCGACAUCAGGAGAAGACUAUAACCCGUUGUCUGAAGAUAUUGAAUUUAAAGAAGGAGAAACUGAACACUUUGUCGAAGUGGAGAUAUUAUACGAUGGCAUAAGAGAAAUGCGUGAAGCUUUUACUGUUCACCUGAAGUCUGAUGAGAACAUGGUAGCUGAAAUCCAGAUGAACAAAGCCAUAGUGUAUAUUGAAGAGAUGGACAGUGUUGCUGAUGUGACUUUCCCAGCUGUGCCACAGGUUGUUUCACUUUUGCUGUAUGAUGAUACCUUCAAAAUCAAGGAAAAUUCCAGUCCCCCCACUGGUUACCCAGUUGUCUGUGUAACGGCAUGUAAUCCAAAAUACUAUGACUAUGACAAAACUGGAUCAAUCUGUUCUGCUGAAAACAUUAAUGAUACACUGACCCAGUAUCGCUGGCUCGUUAGCGCUCCAAGUGGAAGUGAUGGGGUCACCAGCCCCAUGCGUGAAGUUGACUCCAAUACUUUCUUCACUGACACUAAGUCGAUCACGUUGGACUCCAUCUACUUCCAUGCCGGAUCAAGAAUCCAGUGUGCAGCAAGGGCAGUCAAUGCAAAUGGAGAUUCUGGUCUGGAAUUGCAAAGUCCUAUAUUUACUGUUAGCAAAGAGGAAGGUCUUUGUCAGCCUCGUAUACCUGGAACAGUGGGUGCUGAACCAUUCUCAGCAAAAAUUCGUUACACAGGCCCUGAGGAUCUUGACUACCCAAAUCUGAUAAAACUGACAAUAACAAUGCCACAUAUGGAUGGAAUGCUUCCAGUCAUCUCAACCAGACACAUGUCCAACUUUGAGCUGACAAUUAGUCCAGAUGGCACAAGAGUUGGAAACCACAAGUGCUCCAACCUUCUAGAUUACAAUGAGAUUCCAACCAAGCACAGCUUUAUUACAGACAAUACAAAGAACUCUGAAGUGAUUGGAGAAACUUCCCCCUACCAGUACAGUGCUGCUCUGCGAUCUGCUAGAACUCUACGCUUCUAUCGCAACCUCAAUUUGGAGGCCUGUCUGUGGGAAUUCAACAGUUACUAUGACAUGUCUGAACUUCUGACAGAUUGUGGCGGCAGUAUUGGGACAGAUGGACAAGUGCUGAAUCUGGUCCAGUCCUAUGUCACUUUGCGGGUUCCCCUCUAUGUUUCCUACGUGUUUCAUUCACCAGCAGCAGUUGGUGGUUGGCAGCACUUUGACCUGCAGUCAGAGUUAAGACUGACCUUUGUGUAUGAUACGGCCAUCUUAUGGAAUGAAGGAAUAGGCAGCCCACCAGAAUCAGAGCUACAAGGAUCCCUCUAUCCAACGAGUAUGCGCAUUAACGAUGAAGGACGCUUGGUGGUCAAUUUUAAGACAGAAAUUCGUUUUCGGGGACAGUUUGUGGUUUCUCAUACAGGUUCAUCUCUUUCAUCCAUGGUGAUGUCUGCUGACCACCCUGAACUCACCUUUACACUGAGUCUUUUGCGCAGUGAGCCAAGCUUCAAUCAACCAGUUCAGCAGUGGAGCUUCAUCUCAGACUUUGCUGUUCGUGAUUAUUCUGGCACAUAUACAGUGAAGCUUAUCCCAUGUAGCACCACCCCAAACCAGGAAUAUACUUUACCUGUUAUCUGCAAUCCCCGUGAACCUAUCUCCUUUAAUAUUGACAUUAGGUUCCAGCAGGUUAGUGACCCAGUGGCAGCAGAAUUCAGUCUUAACACCCAAAUGUAUUUACUGUCUAAAAAGGAAUUGUGGUUAUCAGAUGGCUCAAUGGGAUUUGGCCAAGGAACUGAUGUUGCAUUUACUGAAGGCUCUACGAUAUAUGGGCGAGUAAUGGUGGAUCCAGUUCAGAACCUUGGAGACUCUUUCAUCUGCAACAUUGAGAAAGUGUUUUUGUGCACUGGGGAUGAUGGUUAUGUUCCCAAAUACAGCCCAGAAAACAAGGAGUAUGGAUGUCUUGCAGACUCACCAACCUUAUUGUACAGAUUUAAAAUACUGGACAAAGCACAGCCAGAAACACAGGCCAGGUCAUUUGGAGAUGUUCCAUUUGAAGCCACAUUAGCUAUUGAUAACCCCAGUGCUCUGGCGUUGGCAAAACAACCAGGUUCAGAUGGUUUCAGCCUCUCUUCUGCACCAAUGUUUCAGGUGGCUUCUGGACGUGAGUGGUUCAUUCAUACUAUUUAUACCGUCCGCUCUAAGGCGAACGCAAACCGAGGGAUUGGAAAGCGCAGUGUGGAUUACCAUCAUGUCUUGACUAGCGCUAAUGGCUCUAGUGAUGAGCACGGAUUAAAGAGAAGCCGAAGAGCAAAUCCAGAAGUUUCCGCAUUUGUACAGGACAUUGGUGCUGAUAAUAACAGAGGGACCAACAUUCAGCACAUUGCCUUGGAACGUAGCAGAAAGGCCUCAGGUUACAAUAAGGACAAAUUGCCUGGUGGCGACCAAUAUCAAAAGCCAGUCUUGGAAGUAACAGGCUAUAACUCAGAAGGAACGUUAGUGCCUGUUAUUGGAGGGGUUGGUGCUUUAAUACUUGUAAUGUGCACCGUGGUUAUCAUUGGUCUACUAAUGAAACACAGGAGGCAGCAGAACUCUGAGAAGAAGUCUCCAACUGACAGUUAUCACAAAACUCCUGAAACCAUGAGUACACGGCACAGCAGCAGCGACAGCUCAGAAGUGUAGAAUAGUUACGAUGUCUCAUACUCAACAUGCCAAAAUUUACUUUGGUGAAACAUUUCAGUGCUGGACAGCCCUUUCUACCUCUGCCCUCCAUCCAGGAAUACCUUCAGCUCCAACUGAAUACGUAGGAAGCGCCUUCUGCGUAGUGACCACAUGCUCUAGCUGAUAAUGCACACUGGGCAUGUAUGACUUCGAACACCUCUUGUGACCAAUGAAAAGUCGCAUGUACACUGCUUUCCUUAAAGCGAUACUGACACAUUCCCGUAAUAAUCAUAGGGACGUGUUAGUAUCAAGUAGUUGCUGCACCCGGAAUAUUUUCCUUGAAAGUCCCCCUCAAAGCUGCUCCCCAGCCCUGCGAACCUUUGCGCAGCCGACCCGCUCACACUACUAACGGAUCUUCUGCCUUGCUGCCAUGACGUGGACUGGGGGCGGAGCGAUCCUUCCAUAGGCUGAAGUCCUGUUUUCAUUCGUAUGCCUAUGGAAGGAUAGUGCUGCCCCCAGCCCAGCAUCACUGAAACAACACAGAAGGUUGAUCAAAGCAGGUUCGCGGGGCUGGGGGCAGCUUUGAGGGGGGCUUUCAGGGAAAUUAUUUCUGGUGCAGCAACUGCUUGAUACUGACACGUUCCUAUGAUUUUUAUAGGAAUGUGUCGGUAUUGCAUUAAUAAAACGCACUGAUGUGCACUGAUAAAAAGCUCUGCAACAAAAAUAUGAUUUUAUUAUAGUCAAGAACACUGUUUAUGGAACAAUUUUGUGCCUUACAUCUUUUUGAAGGGAUUUACUGUAUGUACAUUUUUCUGUUUUCUGUUAUAUGGGAUUAAGACUGGGUUUGUGAUCUGCAAAAGACAUUAUUCAUAAAUAUGAUGCACUUAAACAUGUACUGUUCUAUUUCCUUCUAUAUGCUGCUAUAUAAUAAACACAAUCAGCAGAGAAUGUUUCAAUACCGGGGGGAAUUCUCCUGCUUAUUUUUAUUAUGGGUGCUAAAACGCAGCAGUGCACAAAAUAAGCAAUAUAGUCUGUGAUUGGGGGGGGGUGCAGUUUGCCACUGAUGGGGAAUAUGCACAAACAGUUGCAUUGAUUUGUCACAGAUUAAAUGCAAAUGUGCAUGAUGCCUUAAUGUGUAUAUCUAUAAACUGCACCCACUUUAUUAUUAAUGCCACUCAUUCUCACCCAAUCUUAUCUGCACAGUUAACAGAUUAGUACUGGGGGAAAAAUGCUUCUUAGGGUAACCGAAUUUUUGUAGCAUAUCUUUUUGUUUUAUACCCCUGCCUGUUUUUUUGAAUGUUAAAAACAGUUUUUAAUGUAUAAAUAAAUGCUGACAUUUUGUCUUAUGACUUUU